CGUCCGCCUCGGGUGCCCCUGCCGGCCCGCCCUCCGGCCGCGUCCUCGCCGGCCCUGCCGACGUGGCGGGGCGGGACCUGCGGGGCGCUCCCGCGCACACUCGGCCGCCUGAGCGAUAUUACAAUGUCUGAUGAUGCUGGUGACACCUUAGAUACUGGAGACAAAGCAGAAAUUACUGAGAAUCCCAGUAGUGAUGUUUUACCCAAAGAUGCAGAAGUGCACUGUGAUUCAACUACCAUUUCAAAUGAGCCAACACUGGCUGACUCCGAAGGAGAUGUGCAUGGAGAUGCACCCAUCCAGGAUGCAGAGACUGCUACCACUGAGGACCCUGAGCAGCCCAGACACACCAUGGAGCCCCCUGUCAAUGGAGAAGUGACUGAGGAUGUGCUUGCCGAGUGUGUUGACUCCGUCAGCCUCGAGGCAGAGGCUGGAUCUGAAAUACCCCUGAAAGAACAGAAUAAUCUGGCUGUGGAUUCCCCUCCACAUGGAGGAGGAUGGGCAGGCUGGGGCUCCUGGGGCAAAUCUCUGCUCUCAUCAGCAUCAGCCACAGUAGGUCAUGGAUUGACAGCAGUCAAGGAAAAAGCAGGAGCCACACUACGGAUUCACAGUGUGAAUUCCGGCUCCUCUGAAGGGGCCCAACCUGAUACCGAAAAUGGAGACCCUCAAAUAGCUGAUGUGCCCACAGAUCAGAGCCCCACAGAAAGCCCAUCCACUUCUCCUUCGUCAGGCUCCCAGGGCAUGCUGUCAGCCAUCACCAACGUGGUGCAAAACACAGGUAAAAGUGUCCUAACUGGAGGCCUUGAUGCUUUGGAAUUCAUCGGCAAAAAAACCAUGAAUGUCCUUGCGGAAAGUGACCCAGGUUUUAAGCGGACCAAGACACUCAUGGAGAGAACUGUUUCCUUAUCUCAGAUGUUAAGGGAAGCCAAGGAGAGAGAGAAGCAGAGACUGGCACAGCAGCUUCCGGCCAAGAGGACUGCACACUACGGAAUGCUGUUUGAUGAAUAUCAAGGCUUGUCACACCUGGAAGCGCUGGAAAUUCUGUCCAAUGAAAGUGAAAGUAAGGUUCAGUCAUUUUUAGCAUCACUUAAUGGAGAGAAGCUGGAACUCAUAAAAAACGACCUAAUUUCCAUAAAAGACAUCUUUGCAGCUAAAGAAUUAGAGAAUGAAGAGAGUCAAGAAGAACCAGGCUUAGAAGAGAAGGGAGAAGAAUUUGCUAGCAUGCUUACAGAGCUUCUCUUUGAAUUACAUGUUGCAGCCACACCUGACAAACUCAAUAAGGCCAUGAAAAAAGCUCAUGACUGGGUGGAAGAAGAUCAAACUGUGGUGUCAGUAGAUGUGACCGAAGAGUCAGAGGAGAAAACUAAAAAGGAAGAAGAGGAAGAGAAACCCGAUAACCCUGAAGAAGUCACAAAGGAAAAAAGGAGAACUAAGGCGGUUGAGGAAGUAUACAUGCUAUCCAUUGAAAGUCUGGCAGAAGUAACAGCACGCUGUAUCGAGCAGCUUCAUAAAGUAGCAGAAUUAAUUCUUCAUGGACAAGAAGAAGAAAAACCAGCUCAGGACCAAGCAAAAGUUCUGAUAAAAUUAACUACUGCAAUGUGCAAGGAAGUGACCUCCUUAUCAAAGAAGUUUAUGAAUUCUUUAACCACUGUUGGGAGCAACAAGAAGGCUGAAGUCCUUAACCCUAUGAUCAGUAGUGUAUUGUUAGAGGGUUGCAAUAGCACGACAUACAUUCAGGAUGCCUUCCAGCUGCUGCUGCCCAUUCUGCAAGUGUCACACAUCCAGACCAGCUGUUCAAAAGCAGAGCCGUGACCUGGCCAGACUCCAUCUAGUUAAAAGGAACCGCAGGCCACAUUGCUUUGAUAAAUAUCAUUUAAGGGGAUGCUUUCUAUGCAUCUGGCCACAGAUGCCUAUUUAAGAACACUACAUGCAGUUUUGCACAGACAGUACUGAGAAUGCAGGUUGAAAGAGAGUAUCAUUUCUCUUAAUGUAUAUGGUUGUUUUUACAAAUAAUUGUGUUUUCUUUAGGUUAAUUUAAAGUUUCACAGCUUUAUAUUGAUCAUUUCCUUUAAUCUGAAAUUCAUUCACAAAUUUUCAUUUCCAUUUUCCAGGCCAAGCAUGAUGCUGUAGUUAGAAAUUCAUGGGCAGAUCCUAGACUUUUCUGUAAUCCCUUAAAUCUCCCAUUCUUAUAGUACUACUUUAAGUCAGUUUUUGAUUUAUAAUGAAUGAAGUUUUGUUUCAUAAAUAUCAUGGAAAAACAUAACAUUCUUGUUGAUAUUGCCUAUUAUGGUAAAAGAGGAACAUAAGUAUCUCUUUAUAGCCAUUCAUUCUCAAAAUAAGCAUUUAUUGAGUUUCUACUGUGUGCUCACAAGAGAGGAACAUGAUCUCACCCCAUUAGAGACAAAUAUUCUGAAAAAGAAUUUAUAAUAAUUCUUAAAAUACUUACAAAUACUAAUAAAUCUUCUAACUCUUAAAAAAUUUGAAGAGCAAGAUAAAUUCAUGCUUUUUAAUGUUCUGCCCUUCAGUUUAUCGUAUUUUUCCACCCUCCUUGAAUUUUCCUAUCUCAAACUUUAUAUAUGAGGUAAAAAUAUAUGGGGUACUAAAGAGGAUAUGGUUUAAAAUUGAGUUCUUAUAGCCCUAAGUAUAUGGUAACAAAAAUUACAAAGCUUAGAAGCAUUCUAAUAGAAAAUUAAAGGGGUUUCAACACAGUAGACCCCUCUGUCUGUAUUUUUUAGUCUACUACAGUUGAAUCAAGCUGGUCCCUAAAUACACAGAUCACACUCACCUGUGACAAAUACCAUCAUUGCUUCUAAGGGCGGGAAACACUGACAUGUAGGUUGGCUCACUGGUAUAUUGAUCCCUGAGAGGCCGCCAGACCCUGCAACCAGAGACGCACUGUCAACAGGCAGUUCUCCUGAGCUCCACGAGUUCAUUCCAGGUGGGCAUUCUGUUUAAUGCUCCUAGUUCAGAGCCCACUGACAUCCUUACAGGCACUGUCACAAGAUGUCACUUACCCAGUGGCUUUCUCCAGGGCAAAUGGAGCCUGUACUUUUGCAAAGUGAAAAUCCCUCAUUCACACAUUUGCUUUUAUUCCCCUGAUAGAAUAGAAUGUCUUUGUUCCAUACAGGCAAAAUAGGGAUAUGUCAGUACCAUCCUACAUCUUAUUAGCAUUUCAUUUGACUAUGGCCUGUGUUUCAUUUGUGUGUCUCCUAAAACAGCUGAAUAGAAAACAAAAGAACAAUUUAUUUACAAUCUGGAAAAAAAUUAUCUGAAGAGUCAAUUAAAGUGGGUUUUUUUUCUACUUGCUUUUUGAUUGCCUGAAAUAUUUCUAUUAAAUCUAGAGGAUGAUGGAUGAAAAUGUUGCAUUUAUCUCUUCAUAAAUUUUAAGAUUUUUUUAUGUGUAGAGCAGAGGAAAGGACUUAGACUUACAAUUUCUUCACAUCAGACUUUUUAGCACCAGACUUAUAAAUGUUAAAGGCAAAUGGAAAAGAAACAAAUAGUUUCAAGGGAGCUAGAAUUAAACUAUGCCCAACUGCAACCAUUCAGCACAUAGCAAAAGGUUUUUUUGUUUUUUUUUUUAAUUGAAGUAUCAUUGAUAUGGAAUCUUGUAUUGGUUUCAAAUGUACAACACAGUGGUUCAACAGUUACCCAUACUACUAAAUCCUCACCCCCUCUAGUGUGGUUCUAUCAACAUAGAAAGGUGUUACAGAAUCAAUGACUAUAUUCUCCCUGCUGUACUGUUGUCCCUGUGACCAACUGAUAUUGUGAUUGUGCAUUAUAGUGAUAGCAAGAGUUUUAAUCAUAAAAUGAAAUAGAAAUCUGUAAAAGAAUACAAGAGAUAAUUAUUCUUUACAAAGUAGCUGACUUAUUUACAUUGCAUUUACAUACCUUUCAAUAAAUGUCAAAGGUUGCCAGGUGGAAACAGGCAGAAAGAUAAUUCCUGGGGCCUAGCUCCAUAGUUUGUGACUUACAUUAUUUAAGAUAGAAUAAUCACUUAAAAUAUAUCCACUCCCCAUAACCCCUCCAGGAUUGCUCUCUUUCAAUGCUGUUUUUCACCAUCACAUUAAAAUGAUGCUUUGCUUUACUUUAAAACCUGGCAAAGUAUGGGAUCCAGAUUUGGACAAGUGUCAAUCAGUUACUGAAUGAAUGAUUUAGCAGGCUUACUUUGGAAAUGUUGAUAUUCAUUCAAUAAUUCUUUACAUAAAUUGGGUUCAUUUCACUCUAUGCAUUACCCUGAACAAGUGUGCCAGUUUUUUUUCUUACUUCAAGUGCAAAAUAAGUUCUAGUCUAAAUAAUGAAUGUAGUCCUAGGUCUGUGUCUUAUUAAAUAGAAAGCAUCAAAAGCAUAUUUCAAAGUCAAAGCAAAUGCAUUCAAGAAAAAUUGCUUUGGGGUAUUGAUACAUAUGGCUCUAAAGGGCAAAACUGAGUCCCAAAUCUUAAAGCGGAGGCCUAAGCUUCUAUCCUACUGAGAAUGGAAGGCUCUCUUUUCUCUGGGUCUCACACUGAGCUGCACAUCAAGCUCAUGAAUAAAUGAGUGGGGUGACUGGCUGAGGCAGUGGCAGGAGUGAGCUGGGACAUGCAGCAGCCUCAGCAACACCAGCUAAGGAACCAUGCGCCUCAGCUGCACAGCCCACAGAGAUAAAAGAAACCCCGCCUUGGGCAGGCUAAAGGAAAGGGUAAAUGUAAGGUGGAGGUCUGACUCUAGAGACAAGAGUUUUUCCUUUGCUUUGUAGAAAUCAGCUGCCCUAAGGUGCUUGAAUAUCUGGGAAGUCACCUAUCUUCUCCACAGGCUGGCCAUGCUGAGAUUAAGUUAGAAACAAAAGCAGGCAGAUUCCAAAUACAGCCAUCCCAGGGAUCUAGGAUAUAACCUCAUAGGGAAGUAAUUUAGCAAAAAUGUGAAAUGACAUUUCUCUUCCAUCCAAAAAAAAAAAAGUGUGUGUGUGUGUAUACAUAUACAUGCACUGAACAUAUGGGGUGGAUCAUAAUACAGGAUUUCAAUCCAGACUCAACUUCAUGAGAGCAAGUAUUCCUCAAGGUCAAACUAAUUUUUGUACUGCAAAAAUUACCCUUCAGUCUCCCUCUUAAGCAUGCCCUAUAUUCUGAUACUCACAUUCAGGUUCAACUUGGUUUCUUAAAUUACUGUGUUUGGAAUGGCUCAUCAGAAGAGAUAUUGAAAAUCCAUCUUGGAACUGUAAUUUUGCCUUGGUGUUGUAGUUGAUUAGAAUUCAAAAAGCCCUGGGAGCGAAUUCUGACCAGCCAGUCUUCACAUAAAAGAAAAAAUCAUGUGGUUAGCCAUUUGUUUUGUUUUUCUAGCUCUCAUAAUUUAUUUAGUUUUGUGUUCAUUUUCUAUAUGUUCACCUGUAAGAGAUGCUUCAUUACAAUAUCUGCUAUUAAACAAACCUGAGGAAAGA